AUGAAAGAUUGGAAAUAUGAUAUUCAUCAUGCUCACCAUCAUCAUCAUCAUCAUGUUUUCGUCAUGAAAGGGGAAAAGGUAAACAUAUAUUUGUUGGUUAACAUGAUGAUGCCAAAUCGAUUGACAAACUUACCAACCAGCAGCAUGAUCCUUUUCUGGAUAACAAUUAUCUCAAUCAUUGUUCAAGCAUCACUGUUGCCUCUUGCCGAUGACGAAACCGACAAAAGGACGAGUCACAAUAUUAUGAGAUUCGGACGUCAAGCUGGACAUAAUAUAUUGAGGUUCGGACGGACUCCAGGUCACAAUAUAAUGAGAUUUGGUAAACGGGAGGAAUCAAAUUCAGCACCAGGUAGCUCAUUUGAGAUGAUCAGUGACUCUAAACCAAUUUCAUUUCUCAAUGAUUACCAAAGGUCCGGUUAUAAUCAUUAUGGACUUUUUGACCCACCCUCAUCCUCAUCAUCAUCUUUAAUACCUUUCAAUAUAUUAAUUAAUGAUAAUAAUAAUAAUAAUAAUAAUAUUAAUGAUAAUAAUAUCGAUAAUCUUAAUAGUAACAACAAUGGAUUUGAUAUAAAUACAUCUUACCUGCCCAUUGGAUACUAUGGACAGCCCUCACCAUUAAAUCCACUAAAUCUUGCCCAACGGUCACUACCUUACCAACAAGCUAAAAAAGGACGACCUGAAACUGAUCAUGUAAUUAUGCGAUUUGGUUAAAUCAUCAUAAUCAUUUAAUUAUAAUCACCAAAAUCAGCAAAUUGUUAUUCAUCGUCAUCAUCAUCCUCAUCAUCAUUAAACAUCAAUACAAUCAAGCAACAAUCUCAAUCGUAAUAUGAUCUAAUUUAAAUUACCAAGACAAACUGACUGAUGACUUUUAUGUGAACUAUCAAAAAAAAAAUCAACAAUCAAAAAAAAGAGAUUAAAAAAAAUUAAGAGAGAGAUAA